GCCGGAUAAACACCGCGCCGCGGGGGCAGCCGAGCCGCUCCGCCGCUGCUGCCAUUAGCGGGGAGCCCGGGGCCGCGCUCGCACGGGGCCGCACUCGCACGGCGCCGGCUGCAGAGGGAGAGCGAGGAGCCGGCGGGAGUACAUGUUACCAUGGCGAUGACUGCAGGGACUACAACAUCCGUUCCCAUGAGUAACCACACCCGGGAGAGAGUGACGGUGGCCAAACUGACGCUGGAGAACUUCUACAGCAACCUCAUUAUACAGCACGAAGAGAGAGAAACCAGACAGAAGAAGCUAGAAGUGGCUAUGGAGGAGGAAGGCCUUGCAGAUGAGGAGAAAAAGCUGCGCAGGUCACAACACGCGCGCAAAGAAACGGAGUUUCUGCGGCUGAAGAGGACCAGACUUGGCUUGGAUGACUUUGAGUCUUUGAAAGUUAUAGGAAGAGGAGCAUUUGGGGAGGUGCGCCUGGUUCAGAAGAAGGAUACAGGUCAUAUUUAUGCAAUGAAGAUCUUAAGAAAAGCAGAUAUGCUGGAGAAAGAGCAGGUCGCCCAUAUCCGAGCAGAAAGAGAUAUUUUGGUUGAAGCAGAUGGAGCCUGGGUGGUGAAAAUGUUUUACAGCUUUCAGGAUAAAAGAAAUCUUUACCUCAUCAUGGAGUUCUUACCUGGAGGUGACAUGAUGACCUUACUGAUGAAGAAAGACACCUUGUCAGAAGAGGAGACACAGUUUUACAUUUCUGAAACUGUGUUGGCCAUAGAUGCUAUUCACCAGCUGGGAUUCAUCCACAGGGAUAUUAAACCAGAUAACCUUCUGCUGGAUGCUAAGGGUCAUGUAAAACUGUCUGAUUUUGGACUAUGCACAGGUUUAAAGAAAGCUCACAGAACUGAAUUCUACAGGAACCUCACUCACAACCCACCAAGUGACUUCUCAUUUCAGAACAUGAACUCAAAGAGGAAAGCAGAAACGUGGAAGAAAAACAGGCGGCAGCUGGCAUAUUCUACUGUUGGAACCCCAGACUAUAUUGCACCAGAAGUAUUCAUGCAGACUGGGUACAACAAGCUGUGUGACUGGUGGUCUUUGGGAGUGAUUAUGUAUGAAAUGCUAAUAGGGUAUCCACCUUUCUGCUCAGAAACACCACAGGAGACUUACAGGAAAGUUAUGAACUGGAAAGAAACAUUGGUGUUUCCUCCAGAGGUGCCCAUUUCAGAGAAGGCAAAGGAUUUAAUUCUAAGGUUUUGUAUUGACUCGGAAAAUAGAAUCGGUAGUAAUGGAGUAGAGGAAAUUAAAAGUCAUCCGUUUUUUGAAGGAGUGGACUGGGGGCAUAUCAGGGAAAGACCAGCUGCAAUCCCUAUAGAAAUCAAAAGCAUCGAUGACACUUCAAACUUCGAUGAGUUUCCCGAAUCGGAUAUUUUACAGCCAGUGCCAAACACAACAGAACCUGACUACAAAUCCAAAGACUGGGUUUUCCUCAAUUACACCUACAAGAGGUUCGAAGGGCUGACGCAGCGCGGCUCCAUCCCUUCUUACAUGAAAGCUGGGAAGUUGUGAGGCAAGGGACACGAACCCACGGGAGAAAGACAAAUACAAACCUCAGGUAGCUGCAUCACCAGACCUGCUUGGUGUUCCUUAUCACUUCAUUGACUCUGGUGCACAUCAGUUUCACAAGGAAAUUCUACAGGCUUAGGAUUUCUGAGACUACUACAGGAAUGAGUUGGCAGUGCCAGCUGGCUUCUUUUUGUUGUUGUUGUCUUUUGUUUUUUCUUUUUUAUAUUUGACUAUUUUUGUUAACUUUAUUAUACCAAGGUACUGGAAUAAAAGGAGUGUACACCUCUGGAACUGCACUGCCUACGCGUGUAUAACAGUUAAUGAUGCCUCUCUGUACUGUAAAGCAUCUGGUCCACCCCGGGGUAAAACCAUGACUGUUUUAUGCAGCAUUGUUCUUGCACUGCUUACCUGGUGAGUUAUUUAAAAACAAACCCAGGAACCAUCCAUCAAACAAAACAAAACUGCAAACUCCCAAAGCAUUGCCCACAUUUGCAGAAGUCUGAGCGUUUGCCUGAGGGUGUUCCAGCUGUAGUCUGCAGAUAACCCCUGACAACACUGAGUUAUUUUUAAUAGCAAUGUCCUGUGGGCCUACUUGUACUCUGCUUGCUGUUUCUUCUCUCCACUGGAGAGCCUUACCAUGAUCAUCCCUUCUCCCCUUCUGUUUUCCACCCUGUGUGCUGGUGAGACACUCCCCAUGAUCUCUCUGGUGAUAUUUCUGCUUCAAGUGCUACUUGGCUGGAUGUUACUGUUGGAAAGGAUGAUGUCUGCUAGCAGCUCCACAAAUCAAAAGGAAUCUGAAGAGAAUUGUUGAAGAUUUUUAACAAAAAGGAAACUUAUAGUAAGGAAACUUCCUGAUACCAAGUCCUGAAGAGAUGUUAGUUCCCAAGACUGCAUUCCUGGUUCUGCUGUUAGAUGAUCUUUUUGCUCCCAGUAAUUCAAGCAGCAUUUUCUCUGUGCAAAGCAUGUUCUAGAAAAGUGAUCCAAUUGCUGCUUUUUCAUUGUCUCCUAAAGAACCUGCAAGCAGGAGGGAACCUGCUCUGGCCUUUUUUAUUUCCAGCAUAACCAUAGCAGUCCCUGCUAAACUAGAGGUCUGGAGUCCUCCACUAGACUCAGGCUCUCCUGUGGGUGCCAGCUUCUAGUAUCUCUAUCUAACAUGGACCAUGGGAUUAUUGAGUUUACAGGCACCGUGACCAGCUAGGACUGAACUGGGCUUUUCUCCCCAGUCUGCACAAUGGCAACAAACUGACAGCAGAGCCAGGUCACCUUUCUCCUAGGGCAGGGAAACCAAAGCAGAAAUCCCUCCAUGUAUCCUCCAUGCUCUUUUCCGUCUCAGCCCAGCAGUGGUUUGGGACUCUGCUGCACUCCAUGAACAGUUUGCAGUUACCUGGUUGCUGGCAAAUUGAUCUGUAUCUUUUGCCUGUCCUAGUGUGUUUUUUGCAGUACUUUUAACCUAUCACAAUAGAGACUUUUUUAAUUGAAAACAUGGCAUAAAAGAGACCUACAGUGAUGAAGAAUUCCCCAGUAACUGAAAAAGCAGAGUCUUGGAAGUGACUAUAACACCAUUAUAGGAAUACUUGGGUUUAGCAGCUUGGGAUCAGCUAUCCAGAAUUCUUUAUAUGCUUUAAAAACACACUGGAGUGUUCAGCUACUGCCUAAAAGACCAGCAGGGUUUCUGUGCGUCAGCGGCUCACUGAUGUGCAUGUUGUCAUCCCUGACCCAGUAACUACCAGGCUCCUUAAGGGCUUCAGUGAUGUCAUUCCAAGCAUCUAACAUGUGUUACUUAUGCUGCACUUCUAUAAGGAAUUGUAGUCUUCAGCAGCCAGUGCCUCAGGGCCCAUCCAGCUUAUACAAUGUUCUAGCAGAAGAAAAUGGCCAUGCUAAAAUUGUGCUUGAAUGCUGGGCUUCAGUAGGAACAGCUCAUUGAUCUCCCAGUUCUCCUUUGCAGAUCUUGCAGUAAUUAUCAUCUCUUUACUGCUGGUGAGCAAGAUCCCUCAAAGUCUACAGUGUUGCUCUUGACAUUGUCAUCAUAGUGAAGCUCAACCUGUAUCUAUCCAAAGACUGUCCAAAAGCAAUCAUCACUUCAAUCCACCUUUACACUCUCAGACUUCAUUCUGCCAGUGCCCUAUAGCAGCUUCUGAAGCUUCUCAGGAAAGGAAGUUCUUUUGUUUCCAAGGCAUUCAAUCCAGUCAACCAAGGCAGAGGAAUUUGGGCAGGAAAUAGCUCAGAUGCAAACCUGGCCUCUAAAGAUGCUGCUAUGCAUAAGAGAAUUAUUACUUUUGAUUCCCAAUCUCAUUCGUGGGGCACUCUGUGGUGGAAUUCCUGUAGACACCACAUGGCAAAAAGCCACAGAAAUCCUGUUUGUGUCAUAUUAAAACAAAAUCUUUGCUCAGCCUUGCUGAGUUUGACAGAAACUACAAAUGCUCAGUAAUGCUGGAUUAUUUUUCUGUUUUCCUGUGGGAUUUGGAGAGGGAGAGAUGAAUACACACUUAAAACUGUCUGUUCAUCUGUACAUCACACUCAGUGGUUUACAAACCUGGGUCAAAACCAGCACAAAAGCCAACGUUCAUGUAGGAGUGCAGGUGAUUAAUCAUACGAGUGCUCACAUAGGAGUUACAUCCACAGGGAAGCAGCCUGCAGCCUAUUUAGCAUCAACUCCUGUAUUGUCCUAGUGGAUUUCUUUUAUUUUUUUAAGUAGAGCAUUGUUUUACUUAGCAAGUCAAGUUUAAACAAAAAAAAACUAACUACUGCUUUUAAAAGGGUAGGAGAGUUGGGUUUGGUUUGGUUUUUGAAGGUGAAGCUGUGACAGUGUGAUGGAUUAAAGAGGACAGCAGGUUCAUCUACACUGGCUGUUGAAAAAUGGAUGUUUCAGUGUAUCUUGUUUGGUUUUGUCUUAGUCCCUUGGAUAGUUUUGUGUUUUCCUUUUUGGUGACAUUUGUCACUGUGCCAUCUCUUUGUUUCUUACUGUUGGAGUACCAAAGAUCCUGAAAUGGCUUGAUGAUUGCAACCAUGGGAACCUUUAUUACCUUGUGUUAACAUGUGGCGUUGUGGAUGCAAAUUGUUAUCAAGGUUUGCUGGGGAGUUACCUAUUCCAGCAGGGAAAACUUGAGUGCAUCAAGGGCAGUGGUGAUCCUGAGUCCAAAUUUGAUGUGAACACCCUAAAUCUUGUGUGCAUCAAGGGCAGUGGUGACCCUGAGUCCAAAUUUGAUGUUAACACCCUAAAGCUUGUGUGCAUCAAGGGCAGUGGUGAUCUUGAAUCUAAAUUCAGUCUGAACCUCUAAAACUUCAGCGCAUCAAGCGCAGUGGUGAUCCUGAAUCCAAAUUUGAUCUGAACACCCUGAAACUUGAUCACAUCAAGAGCAGUGGUGAUCUCGAAUGCAAAUCUGAUCUGAACACCCCUAAACUUGACUGCAUCAAGGGCAGUGGUGAUCCUGACUCCAAACUCAAUCUGAACACCCUAAGACUGGGGAGGAAGCUUGGACUGGUAACCACAGAUGAGCUUUUGCACUUUUGUUCUAUCUCCAAGCAGCGUGAAUGAGUGGCCUUAGGUAUAGGACAUCAACAAAGGUUGUUGCGUGUGCAAAAGGAGUUUAAAAACUUGCCAGCAUUCAGAAAUCAAAUCUUGUUGAUACUGCAUUUGCACUGUUAACUUUGCCUUGCUGGAGAGUUAUAUAUAAGUGUUAUUUUUGUAGGUCAAUUGUUAAAUACCUGAGCUGCUGGAUACAGUAUGGAGUGAGAGCAUCUGUCAUGGGUGGAUUCGCCUAAGUGCAAAGGGGCUUGGCCAGAGCUCUCCACACUACUCAGAUAAAUAGGCAUAAGCAGUUCCAAGGGUGUUGGGUUGGCUCCUUGUAAAAAGGUGACUUUCCUCCUCUGCAACAGCAAGGAGGGAGCAGUGCAGUUCUGCCUGGUUGUACUCAAACCCUGAAGUGCUCUCGCUUUUCCAGUAACACGAGCAAUUACAAGCACUGCAACAUACUGUACCUUGUCAUUUUAACACUGAUAUGUUCCAGCAGCUUGUUCUUGGAGUCAAAAUGGCAACUGCUAUAUACAUAUAUAUAUAUUUUUUUUUUCCUCCCUUGACUGUUUCAUUAGUUGUGGUUGGGAAAGUUACAUAGAAGCAUUAUAAAAAUUUAUAUGAGGCUUUUUACAGCACUUGAAAAUAAAAGUAGCAUUCUUUUUGUAAA